GUCAAAAUCGCUCGCUUCCUCCUUUCUUUUGCCGUGUUUUGUCGCUUGCGGAUCGCACGUGUAAUCUUUUUCCCCCACGAAAAAACCAUGGACAAAUCCGUCGUACUGGCCCGCGUCAUCAAGGUCCUCGGCCGCACCGGCUCCCAGGGCCAGUGUACCCAGGUCAAGGUGGAGUUCAUCAGCGAGCAGAACCGCCAGAUCAUCCGCAACGUCAAGGGGCCGGUCCGCGAAGGCGACAUCCUGACGCUGCUCGAGUCCGAACGUGAAGCCAGAAGACUCCGAUAAGGUGGACACCGUCCGUCCUACCUUCUAGGAUAAGGUCGGUGUCCCUUGGGUGGCUGCAUUCCUCGGAAAGGUUAGGAUUCAAAUUGACAACAAAUCAAUAUUGCUUCUAAUGUAAACGUUUCCGCCGUAAAUAAAAUCCGAUGGAGCAAGGAAUAUGAAACCAAGCCCAAAGUGAAACCGAA